UCCGACCCUCUCUAGACACGAUUUUACUGGUACGACACGGUGGCACGGUGAACGGUUUCAUAAGUUCAGGCCUAAAACUGACGAUGUCUGGGUUCAUUAAUUUAAACAGAAGAAUACCAAAGGUGAUUGGUUCUUUCAGGAGAUAUUGUCAUCAUGGAGCUCCUACAACAAAGAUGUUUAUUGAUGGUCAGUUUCUCGAGUCUAAAACAACUGAAUGGAUUGAUGUGCACAACCCUGCAACAAAUGAAGUUGUGACACGGGUACCAAAAUGUACACAAGAUGAAAUGGAAAGAGCAGUACAAUCAGCAAAGGAUGCUUUCCCAGUGUGGGCUGACCAAUCAAUACUCUCCAGGCAGCAGAUCAUGUUCAAGUUUCAACAGUUAAUAAAAGACAAUAUAGGUGAACUUGCAAAAAACAUUACACUUGAACAAGGCAAGACUCUUGCAGAUGCUGAAGGAGAUGUUUUACGAGGACUGCAGGUGGUGGAGCACACUUGCAGUAUAACAUCACUUCAACUCGGUGAAACUCUUCCCGGCAUCUCCAAGGAUAUGGACACCUUCACCAUGCGACUUCCUUUGGGAGUUGUUGCAGGAAUUACUCCUUUCAACUUCCCCGCUAUGAUUCCAUUAUGGAUGUUCCCAAUGGCAGCUGUAUGUGGUAACACAUGUGUUAUGAAACCAUCUGAACGAGAUCCAGGUGCAACCAUGAUGCUGGUGGAGAUGGCGAAACAAGCUGGAUUCCCUGAUGGUGUUGUCAACGUCAUACAUGGCCAGCAUGAUGCUGUCAACUUCAUCUGUGAUCAUCCUACCAUCAGAGCAAUCUCAUUUGUUGGCUCUGAUCAAGCUGGUAAAUAUAUUUACGAGAGAGGAUCAAAAAGUGGCAAGAGAGUACAGGCAAACAUGGGAGCCAAGAAUCAUGGUGUCAUCAUGCCGGAUGCUAACAAAGAAAACACCUUGAACCAGCUUGUUGGGGCAGCAUUUGGUGCAGCAGGGCAGCGUUGUAUGGCAUUGUCAACAGCUGUAUUCGUUGGUGAGGCAAAGAACUGGAUUCCUGACCUAUUGGAGCGUUCAAAGAAAUUGAAAGUUAAUGCUGGAGACCAGCCUGGUGCAGAUUUGGGACCAGUCAUUUCGCCUCAGGCCAAGGAUCGUAUUUGUACCCUGAUUCAGUCUGGUGUAGAUGAGGGCGCCAAUCUGCUGCUUGAUGGACGCGAGAUAUCUGUACCUGGACUGUCUCUUAUACACAUCUAGAUGUGUAUAAGAGACAGAAUCAGUACUCUCCAGGCAGCAGAUCAUGUUCAAGUUUCAACAGUUAAUAAAAGACAAUAUAGUAAAUGCACUUGUAUGAUCGACACUAAUGAAUCUGAAAUAAUGUUGACAUAUCUUUCUUCUUUGUAGGUUGGUGUCAAUGUUCCUAUUCCUGUACCACUACCAAUGUUCUCGUUUACAGGGUCCAGAGGGUCGUUUAUGGGUGACACCAAUUUCUACGGCAAACAGGGUAUCAACUUUUACACCCAAAUAAAGACAGUCACCCAGUUAUGGAAGUCUGAGGAUGUUACUCACUCUAAAGCCGCUGUAGCGAUGCCAGUGAUGAAGUAAAAUUAAUCCCAUAAGACGUUAUUAUUCAUCCAAUAAUAAAAAAAUAAUAUUUUCAAAGUUUCUGUAUAUUGUACAUAUCAAAGACAAAAUCAUUAUUCAAAUAAAUCAUUUUAUAAUUAAUAAUCAGAAUGCUACAAUUACAAAACUUUGAAGAGAUUUAGAUGGAACAUUUAGAUAUUUGGCAUCAUAAGAAUGAGAUGUGGAUAAUGUUUAUAAUGUGGUGAAUGUCUAUAUUCUUAUGAAAGCCUUUUUAUCACCAGAUUUCUAUUAAAUCAUGAAUGAAAGAACAAAUAUUAAAUUAUGAUUGACAUGCCAGUAAUAUUAGCUAAAAGCUAUGAGGGCAUUUUUUCCCCUACACAUGGGUUUAAGGGUUUUGAUCCAGUCCACACUAGAAUCACAGAGAAGCUAGUUUGAUAUUGAACAGGGUUUGGUUUUGUAGAAACAGUAACUGUGUGAAUGGUCUUUUUAUAUAUGGUCAACUUUGACCUAUUAUAUUUACCGCUAUAAUUGAGAUCAUGUGCAAAUAAAAGUUGUUAUGCAUAUAAAUUGGAUUUUGGUGGCUACUCUAAUUAGGAAAGUGGACAAGAGGAAUGAUCCCAUUUAAAAAAAAUGCCUAAGAAUACUUGGAGAGUAAAGAAAAUUAUGAGGCGAUUAAACAUGGGUACAAGUUGACUAAAUAUUAUUGUUCCAAAUGAAUGGUUCAAUUAACAUGGUCUUUUCCCUAAAGUAUAUGUAUCACAUGCUUAGAUAUUUGUACCAUAGUUAGCAAACUUGUAUUUUCUGUAAACAGGUUUGUUAAUUACUAGAUUUGUAUUAUCCCAAAGUUGAAGGUCCUAGCCCUAAGCCCUAUAGUACAUAUUAUCAUAACCAAGAUUUAAAUUAAAAUUUCUUUAAUGUUUUGGUUUCGGGCAUUUGACAUUUUUCUAUUACCUCUUGCAGCGCGUCCUCAGAUUAAAUGCUAGGCCCUCGCUUGCCUGAACUGUACCUAAAUAUUAACUCUCUAAACAUAAUUGCAUCUAAAUGGGCUAAUCAAGUUAACUUGUUUGCCAACACACCCAUGUAUCAUUAGUUUCUCGUAUGUUAUGUCUGUUAAAAACAGAAUGAAGUGAUGGCAAAUAAAGUACUCUUAUUGAAA